UAUUGAAAAUUUUGAUAAAAUAUAUACCUAGUCAUUCUACGAUGGGAGGAAAAAUGGAAACUAAAAAAACAAACAAUCAACCGAGUGUAAUCAGAACAAUUUUACGCCCAGUUGAAAUCUUCUUCGAUGUAUUUUUCUCCCACGGAGCAUUGCACGGUAUAACGUAUCUAGGGAAAUCUCUGCUUCAUUUGUUCGAAAAGAUAUUAUGGAUGGUUCUAAUCGUUAUAUCGUUGUACUUUUGCGUAACUUUGAGUUUGCAGUCCUGGGAAAGAUUUCUCACCAAGAGUACGGUAGUGGCAAUCGAGAAAGAUCACUACUAUUGGAAUAUUUCUCUGCCGAGUUUAACUAUUUGCCCAAUGGAUCGGAUUGAUCGGGACCUGUUCGACCAGUUUGCUACUCGAUCUUUAUUGAAUGAUGAAGAAAAAGUGGAAAUGUUUGAGUUUAUCGAAUCAUUGGCAAACUCAACCUAUAUAAACUUUGAAGACAUCAAAGGUUCCGACAACGUGGAUCGCAUCCUUCAAAUGCUUCGAAUAACGCCAAAGGAUUACAUGCUACUUAUCGCCAACCUAACACAGGACCUUACCCGGCGGGAUGAUCACGAGCUGCGGGUACGAAGCCAGAACAAUCUCGAGUACAUCCGCUCGGAUCAGACGCUAACCGAGUACGGCAUUUGCUACACGACCAAUAGCUUCAUUGCACGCAAUUUAACGACGAGUCAGCUGCUAAAAGGACACCCACCGGAUGAAAAUGAUUUCUACCGAAAUCAAAAACUGCACGACGUACGCUAUGGCAACCUUUUCGAUGGCGACGUAACCUACAGUUUCAUCGGCUUCAACGGGGCCAUUUCGGCUUUCUACCACAGCCCGUACGAUACAAUCAACAUUGCCCGGUACCUGCCGUACAGCAUGGAAGCGUACGAGUUUGAAGCGUACUCGAUCGAAAGUGUUACCAGCGAGGACUUCCGAGAGCACACGACGGUUUCACAACGCGGUUGUCGGUUCUUCUCCGAAUCGAACCUCACCCACUUCAAUAUCUACACGAAGGGAAUCUGCCUUCAGGAGUGCCGAUUGAAGAUUGCCAUGGACAAAUGUAAAUGCAUACCGCACUUCUACCCCAACAACGUGAGACCACCAAAAACCGUGUGCAGCUAUAAGCAACUUAAGGAGUGCUUUCCGCCAUUAAAAGAACUGUUUCUAGAAUUUCGAGGCGGCCCUGAACACGACUCGAUCAACUGCUACUGUGAACAAAACUGCGUUGACUCAAAGGUCAUUAUCGAGAGAACGCAGGUCCUCGUUGGCACUCGAAAACUUCUUGGCAGUAAUGGCGGUCUUGUUCUGAUGAAGAAAUAUCCACUGAUUCGCUUCAGUCGACAAGUGCUGUUCACCUUCACUGAUCUGUUGGUGUCCAUCGGUGGAACGGCCGGCCUAUUCCUUGGAUUCAGCGUUCUGGGAGUUGUGGAAAUUGUCUACUUUUUUACGCUUCGACUUGUGUGGUAUUGCUUGGGCCAUCGCUAAUGGGGACGUUACCCCAGAUAUCUGCUCCAUUAUUUGAAUGUGUCCCGCGUAUUGUUGUGCAUAUCGGCAUUGAUGGUCAGUCAGAAAGAUAACGAACGCUGACAUACAACGCAACAUGCUCAUUAUAUUGUAUCCUUGUGGCAUCGAAGCACAGCCAGCCCAUCACGUUCGCAUCGCAUCGACGACGCGAAUAAGGUCAUCCCAUUUGGAUGUGAUCCCAAAAUAAUCACUUGGACAUUGCACUCAGCGAAUAAUGCGGAAUUAAUGAUAUUGAGCAGCAUCCUAGACAUAGGAUUACUAUGAAAUGCAAUAACAUGUUACAUAUCUACUUAUUAUCAAAUACCCAUAUUCAAUAGAGUGAUUAAAACAUAGCAUAUAGAACUUCUUUACAUUAGAUAGGUUGAUGGUCUAAUUGCUAUCACUUUCCAAGUAACAUUUUUACGUUGAACAGACUAGAAGAGGUUCUAAUUCUGUUUGCCUCCAGUUCGUCGAAAAUCGAUGGUGCAUUAGAGCAACCAUGGUAAGUAGGGGAACAAAGCCCAAAAUGCCAAGAUGGGGUAAAAUGGCCCAACUGAUAAAAUCAUUCCUGAAAGGGACUUGAUCAUUACUAUAGGUGAAUAGUGUCAAGAUAUGUUUGCAUCGAACACUCCUCUAGAAGCUAGGCCACCAAACUCACGAAAAAUCUUUUGAUUUCCCGAUGAAAAUUGGCAACUUCCUGUUUUUCGUGCUUGCAAUUAAGGAUUUCUGGUGAUUUUAUUACCAGCCAAGUGUUUCCAACGAGAUUGAGGCACACAUGGAGACGCAUGGUUGUUGAUGUCUGCGCUUUCUAUGUUAGGGGUCACUCAAAUAUUACGAUCAUCGUUUUGCGGGGAGAGGGGUAACACUCCAUUUAUUGAGUAUACCAAACAAGCGGGACAGAGGGGGGAAAAGGAGUCGGAAAUGCUCGAAAACUGAUGGACGUAAUUUUUGAAUGUUUUCAUGAAGUGGCAUCUUACCCCAUGGCAGAUGGUCGUUUUGCACCACUUCCGUUUUACGAAUCAGUUUUUGAAACCGCUAAAAAUCGAUGAAAAUGCAAUAGUUCAGUGAAUAGUUUUGACGAAGUAUCAUUUUCAUUUUCAUUUUGCAGCAUUUGGUGGGGCAAUGAGAGCGCAAAUCAGUCCAAAGCCGAUGAUAAGGAGGGGUAAUGGCUGAAUAGUCUUUGCUGACCACAUAAACGCCAUGGGAUAGGAAAAGGGUAUUUUGGUGUGGGAUUAGGGUGUUGGUACAGACUUGACAAUAUCAAUGCUAUUCAGGUGCAAAAUAAUUUUAAGGCUCAAUAGUGAAUCGCAUACCGUGUGCGCAUCUAACUUUGCGCAGGUCCAAACUUUGCGCAUUCUUGUAAAAUAACGAAACAAAUAACUAAAUGUCAACAUAUUUACCAGUUUAAUCAUUGCACUAGCAUUGUGUAAACAUAAACAUUAUUUGACAAAUAUUUAAUUGCCAUAAAAUCAUUGUUUAUGUUGAAUAAUAAACAAAAAAUACACAAAAAUGUCAAAAUUUGCCUCGCCUUAACACGGUUGCCAAGAAGUAACUCUACUAAAAAUCAACAUUUUCCUCGAUAAAACUGUGCAACGAUGAUUAAUUUUGCAGUUAAUUGACAAAAAAGGUGAUAUUCUAGUAAUAUUAAUCACAGUUCGUAAUAAAUUUUUCAAUUUAAUUAGUAAAUAGUGGUGCGCAAUGUUUGGAACCAUUAUUUGCCCUGUGUUCCUAAUUUUUGCGCAUUUUCAGUAAAUGCAUGUUGAACGUUAAUACAUGACAUAUGAACCAUUCAAAUAUUAUGUAUCACCAGUACUGAUAAUUUCAGGCCUGUCUCUCCACCAUGUAGCAGAUUUUGUAUAGAAAUUAGUAGAAAAUUGUAUGAACCGUAGCACUACGGCACUCUCCAUCUGUCUACAAUGAGACGUGAUUUGUGAACAGUCCUUCAUUUGAAUUUUCCGGCGGUCAAUGUUAGGGACGAUUCAAAUAUGACGUCGACCAUUUUUUUAGAUUUUAAGAACCCCCUCUUCCCCUGGGCCACCCCGUCACGCUUCAUAGUAUACCUAAUACAUGGCAUGUCACACUUUUUCAGACAAGUCCAGCCCCCUCCCCCAAAGAUGGACGUCAUAUUUAAAUAACCCCUUAUUGUUCCUAUCCGUAACGGUCACUUCAUUUAGCAGGAAGUUUUUACCUUUGAUCUUUAGCCACAGGAAACAACCCCUCAUGAAGUUUGGAUUGUUCACACGGUAGGUGCCUAGUUCGAACAGCAGACGAAAUUAAGAACUCCAGAGGCCUCCGUUCCCCCUCUCUCGUAGGACAAAGUUUUUCAACAAAGAUCAAUUAAGGGCACACUACCUGAUCUGAAUUACUUUAGUUUCAUGGGCAAAUAUUAAAUAAUAGCAUUUUUGAUUACUUUUUUUAACAAUUCAUAGCAUGCGCAAAGUUAGGCACACUAUGCGCAAAGUUAGGAACAAUCGAAGAUUUUGUGCGCAAAGUUAGGAACAAGGCAAUGAAAUAUUUUUUCUAUUUUAAGUAUUUUUUGGUUAUUAUUAUAUUUUUUUAAUAUUUCAGACUCAAAGAAGGAUCAUUAGUCUAUCGUAUAAGCAUGUUGUUCAUGAUAUAUUUUGUUUGUUUGUAUUUUUUAUAACGACUAGAAAUUUGAUUUUUCUUAACUGCGCAAAGUUUGGUACAUAAACGGUACCUUCCAAAACCAAAAAACAAUAAUCCACAAAAUACCAAGCAAGUCAUAGAAAGAAAAGCGCCCGAUUGUUUAUUUUGUCAAUUAUAACAAACGGAAACUUCUACCCUCUCCGACUCGCCAGUCACCCCGGAAAAAAUGUCCCUUCAGUUCUGGAAAAUAUAUUAUCCCCAAUUAAGCCUUUAAUCGAAUUGUCCGCGUGGUCUUGUAGUACCCCUGCUAGGUAAGAAUCAGUCAUUGCCAUACAUAUUAAAUGCUAGACAUGACCCCAUGGAUAGCAUUUGCAUAUGUAAAUAAGCUUCGCUGAUGUGACUUUCCUAUUAGGCAAUUCUCUCAUCUCAUGUUUGACUUCAAAACCUUAUCAAGCUUAGAAAAUUGAAGUUGAUAAACAAUACAUUACAAGGUUCGAAUUCCCAUAGAAUGAGAUCAUUCAUUCGCACUACAACACCAUAGGAGAUAAUACCACAUUGGCUGAUUACAGUACAAAUGUGAAAAAUCUCCCUUUUCCCCCUAUCCGCAACCCGGGGACGCGCCCUGUUGGAUUUCGAAAGCCUCGGAGAAUAUUACAAACCUUCAAUGGCAUUCCCAUAAACUAACCCACAUUACCCAUUCAGGGGUCUGACUGGGCCUAUUACCCUCCCUCAGUUUGUAAUAUUCUCUCCAACUUGGAAUUAUAUUUUCCCGGCACAUAAAUGACUUCGACAAACGUUCGAUAUACUAUGCAGCGUCAUGAUCAGUAUAACUAUUUCAGAUGACUUGGAGAUCUGAUUCUUACAGAAUUGUUUGCCAUUGAUUAUACAUUCAGCUAUUCUAAUCAUUACUGCAAAGGCCAUCGACCACAUGCCUGAAAUCAAAGCUUCCUGGAAGAUAUAAUCCAAGCCCAGGGAAAUCAACGAAAAAAUUGUAAAUCAAUAUUGUUUUGAUUGUUUAGCUAUAUGUAGUUUCACUAUUAAAACAAGAAGUUGAGUUAUUCUAAUGAGAUUACAAUCAUAUUCUAAAAACUUUUGCAUUAUAUUCAUCUAAUUCUGCUUGCCUAGAGUUCGUCGAAAAUCGAUGAUGCUCUAGAGCAAUCAUGGUAAGUAGAGGAUUAAACUAGCGUCAAGGGAAGCAUAUCGAUUAUGAUUAUCACCCGCACUGCGGAUGCAAACGACCAUGAAUGAGUAGUUGACGUAAGUUUGUGAGCUUUGGCAGCAAUGUUGCGAUCAACGGAGAUACCUUCGAGAUGGUGCAGGAAUUCGUCAACCACGGUUUCUUGCUAAUAACCUUUUCAAUUAUUUGUAGCGCAAGAAAAAAAAAACUAGGGAUGUGAUAAUCACCUACGGAGUCCUCAAAUCCUCAUGCACAGCACGACUCAUAUUCAGGUUUUUUGUUCAAUGUCUAUACACAUUUUUUAUUUAUUUUCCGCAUCAUCGAUGAAGAUGCUUGCACAAAGAAGUUUCAAAACUCAUCUUUUUUGUCUACUCAAUUAAAUAUGUUCAUUGCAACUUCUGUUUAUCAGUACAGGGAUGAUUUUGAGCCUACUUCAGCAAAAUAGUCAUCCUGGAUCAAAUUGUUUCUUUUUUUUCGUCAAACUAGAAAGCAGGAUGGAAUAAUUCUUGAAUCGUUUGUUGCAUUUUUUUAAUAAGUUUGUACGGUACCCCUUGUAAUA